AUGUUUUCGGCUAUUAUUCGUCUUUCAAUCAUCUUAGGUAUCGCUCUGGCAGUAUGCGAGGCUGGUGAUAUUCUAUGUCUUCGAAGAGUUCCUAUUUUUACGUGUGCAUCAAUGAGCUGCCCUGACGUUGGCUGGGCUGUCACCAGCAAGCGCUAUCCAUGUGAUUGCUUUAAAAUCGAGAAGGUUUCGGGUAAAAACCAGAAAUGGUAUAAGAUCGAAUUACCCAAUGGACAUGGCUAUGUAACCGAUGACCACUGUUCGGGCAAGGUUCCGCAAUGUUAA